AUGAUAGCAGCUUCUGCAGUCAGCCUUGCGAUCCUUUUGUCCCUCUUCUGUGAAGCAAGCACCGUCGUCUUACUCAAUUCCACUGACUCAUCCCCGCCAACCAAUAAUUUCACUGAUAUUGAAGCAGCCCUGAGCGCGCCACUACAGUCUGCGGAUAUCCCUAAAGCCAGGCGGAAGCGCUACAUCUCGCAGAAUGACAUGAUCGCCAUUCUUGAUUACCAUAAUCAAGUUCGGGGCAAAGUGUUCCCACCAGCAGCAAACAUGGAAUAUAUGGUCUGGGAUGAAAAUCUUGCAAAAUCUGCUGAAGCCUGGGCAGCUACUUGCAUUUGGGACCAUGGACCUUCUUAUUUGUUGAGAUUUUUGGGUCAAAAUCUAUCUGUCCGAACUGGAAGAUAUCGUUCUAUUCUCCAGCUGGUCAAGCCAUGGUAUGACGAAGUAAAAGAUUAUGCCUUUCCGUACCCCCAGGAUUGCAACCCUCGGUGUCCUAUGCGAUGCUUUGGUCCCAUGUGCACUCAUUAUACACAGAUGGUCUGGGCCACUUCUAAUAGAAUAGGAUGUGCAAUUCAUACUUGCCAAAACAUGAAUGUCUGGGGAUCUGUGUGGCGACGUGCAGUGUACUUGGUCUGCAACUAUGCUCCAAAGGGUAACUGGAUUGGAGAAGCACCAUACAAAGUAGGCGUGCCUUGUUCAUCGUGUCCUCCGAGUUAUGGGGGAGCCUGUACCGACAAUCUGUGCUUUCCAGGAGUAACGUCAAACUACUUGUAUUGGUUUAAAUGA